UACGGAAUAAUUGGCCUGUUUGGAAUAAGAUAGAUUUGGUACUUAAUUAAAUUAAGAGUUUAUUUUCUGAACGCAAUUUUCGCCCUCCUGAGUUUUUCCUUACUAAGUCCACACGUCUCUCAACCUUUACCGCUGCAGUCCUUCAUGGGAAAGACGGGCCCAUGUUGUGACAAACAGCAGUUAUCGGAAAGACGGUUAGCAAUGCCCAAUUGCCAAUUUGGUUCGAAGUGGUUAUUAUUUGUUCUUUUUGUUUUCUAGAUGAUUAGUAUCCUCGGGUUUCCACCGAGAGGUUAACGUAUAAAGCAUGAAAACAACUGACAUGAAUAUCAGCCCCGGCCGAUAUGCAGCCAAGUGCUACCUGACUGUGACGCAAACAGCUACCCUUUAAAUGCUCCGGCUCCUACUGAACCUUCAAACAGUACACCUUGUUGAACACCGCGGAGCAUUAAAAGCACUCAAUGAGCGCAAUGCCGGGUAAGUUAUAUUGCGUCGAACUUAAAACUCGCUGGUUAAUAUUUGUCUGUAGCUGGCCGGACCUGAGUGGUCCUAACAUGUAAAAUCACUCUAUUGCAAACGUCUUGCAUGACUAUCCUCAGUUUAAGAUCAUUACAUGCUACAUGUCGAAAUCAAGGUGUUAUUAGGUGAUCGGGAAUUUUACAUAAACCUUGAUGUCGAAUCAUGCAUUCUUUUGAGACGUCACUAAGCCGACAAUUAAAAAGAAUGUUUUCAUGUAUAACAUGUAAUUUGAAUAUUAACACGUUCACAUUUUGAGACCUGGUCGACCAUUUCUUGGGCAGCAUUUCUGACAACAAUGGAUAGUCAGUUCAUUUCCAGGGUAACUAGGACACAACCAAAUGUUGGAAAGAGUAGAGUGAUACGCUAAGAACUACGCAUGGACUGCUGACAUUAUAACACAAAAAGGCGCCAUCUUUUCGUAUAUUAAUUAACGAAAGAUGUUUUGCUUUUCCUUAGCCGGAUUCGUUAUUUAUCUUUGUUUUGUUGCUGCUAUGCUUUCAAGAAAGAGGAUGGAAACCUCUUGUUAGACAUAAAAAUAAAUUAUUUUGAGAAAUUUCAAAACAAUGACGCCAUCGUCCCAGCAGUUGUUUGGGGGUCAAAUUUCGAAAUAUUUCAGUUUCUUUCUUUAUUCGACUGCGUCCUUUAAUUUACAUGUACAUCAGAGAUGUAGUUUCUUGCACAAAUGAUGUGACAAAGUAGAUUUUCCCAUGACAAUGCAACAACAUUCUUCGAUUGUCACCAAACUGCAAAUCGAUAGAGCCCCAUCAAUUUGUGUUUGCAAUGAAAUCAAACACGUCUUGUUUUCAUUUCGUCAAUCACGGCGCAGGUAUUAAAACGUAUUCAUUAACAGGAGGCAUGAAACAGCCGUGUGUACAAUUAAAAAGGAAAAUGCUUCUCGCCAAGAAGGACCACGAAAAGUUGCAAGAUUAAAGUGGGACCAUGAGGUAUCAGACCAAAAUGCCCAAGCAUGAGUAACGGUUGGGUUUUAAGUGAAACGGUAAUACAGGGGAUGACUACCAGAUUUUGCGGAAAGUGCAUACCGUAUUCCCAUCCUCACGUAGGGAGGGUGGAGGGGGAACUCGGGCCAAUAAAAAAUGAUUUUCGCUUUAUUUUUCUAUAUGUGAAGCAAAUUGAAAACUUUUCAAGUACUUGGUUCCUCUCAUUAGUUUUCUAUCGCAUAUUUCUCUUUGCUGUUACUCCUCAUGUAUUUCGAAAAAGGAAAUGAAUUUUGCUCUUCACACCUUGUCACGUAGGCAGUUUUCAAAUUACCACGGCAACUACGUAGACCAAAUACUCAUAACGAAUGGUUACACGUACACGUGUAGCUCAAUUAACAAAUUCUUGAGGUGAAAUCUCAGCAUAUGUCGUGAAUUUCGUGCAAAUGAAGGUGCCAUUAUUUAUGCUUUCCUGUCAAUCGUCCGUCCAAUCACAGGUAUUUCAACUGGCAGCGUCAGCAAGAUGUUGCCACUGACAAAUAUAAACGAGACAUGGGGUUGAUAGACUUCAGGUGCGUCGUCACAGUAUAAAGGCAGAUGCUGUGGUGAUGCGGCAAAACGACCGAAACCGAUGUUCAACGCGGACAGGUUGUGUAGUUGUGGUAAACUUGGCAGCUGCUAUCAGUUGUGAAGAUGGAUGCAUUUGUUAAUGGCUCGCACAUGAUUAUGAACAAUUCCAACUUGAACGUCUGCAGCGAGGAAACGCCCGUCUUCUGUCUCUCCAGAACGGUAUCUGUAUCUAUCGUACUUGGUAUCAUCGCCGUAGUGACAGUGAUUGGUAACAUUUUUGUCAUUGUUGCUUACACCAAAGACAAACGCAUCAGCUCUACUGUUGCCAAUACAUUUAUACUGAGUUUGUCCAUAUCCGAUUUGAUAGUCGGGGCCGUUUCAAUCCCCUUGAAUUCCAUAUGGGUCGUCCUGGGCGACUGGCCCUUCGGGAAGAUCCCGUGUCAGAUAUGGCUAGUUCUGGACUACGCCUCAACUAAUGUUGCUGUAAUCACGAUCCUUUUCAUUAGCCUUGAUCGGUACUGGUUGCUGACCAAGAAACUCGCUUAUGGUACUUUCCAGACCCACAAACGCGCUGCUGUCAUGAUAAUUGCUUCAUGGAUUACCACUACGCUGUUUUACACUUUGAUAACUUUCUUGUGGGGUCCAUUGACGGGCGUAUAUAAAGUAGACUAUGACAAGGAUUGCGAACUGGAACCUUAUGACAAUCUGUCCUUUCUGGGAUUUACCAUGGCUGCCGAGUUCUUCAUUCCACUUCUGAUCAUAACUUACUUCAACGCACAAGUGUACAUCAAUAUCAAGCGCAGAUCAAAGGGUGUAUUUCAGAAGUCCAGGCAUUCUCAGAAGAUUUCGACCAAAGACCCGAGCACUAGUGUUGGUAGUCACUACCAGAGGAAGCCUCCAGAGCAGCGUCUAGACGAACAACGACUGAGCGUUGGGCAUCGGCAUCAGCUACCUGAGAAACUGCAUUCACCAAGACUGGAGGAGGAAGAGGGUCACAGCAAUUCGGCUUUCGAUGGGCAUUUGGAAGGCAUAACAAUCCGUCUUCACUCAGACCAGAGCCAACUGCCUGCUGAGAAUAGAGAAGCCAACAGUGACGAGCGUCACACCAGAGCCACGAUCAAGGAAACUCCAAAUUGCGAGACAGCGAAGCAGAGUAGCGGGGUCGACCAAGACCACAGGUUCAAGCGCAGAGAGUUCAAGCGGCACAGGAAGGCAGCGGUGACACUGUCGGUUCUGGUGGGCGUCUUCAUAGUGUCGUGGUUGCCUUUCUACAUUGCGUCACUUCUUGCCCCCUUUUGCGAGGACUGUGUCUCUGAUCUUGCUUGGGAAGUGGUGAACUAUCUGCUGUGGUGUAAUUCGACGGUCAACCCGUUUCUCUACGCGCUCCUCGUGGUGCGUUUUCGGCAGAAUUUUCUGCGCUAUUUGGGAUUGCGAUCAUGCACGAAAUGAUCAUGGGUAAGCAGGCCCUUGUUCUGAUGAAAAUAAAUCACAAAAAUUA